CCCAAAAAACCACGAUAUAUGUUAUGAAAUUAAUUAGUCUUUUACGUUUUGUUAGCUACUUAUGAUGACACGGAUCUUGUUUAUGUAGGCUACAAGAGAGGCCUCUCUGUAACUGUGAUGAUAGCACUGGGACCAAAGACGUUGAGGCUGCUUCAACAACCACCAAAGGAUUGGAAGAAGAUGAGAGCUUAAAAACGGUUUUCUCUGGGCUUGAUAAUGUUAAGUUAGUGAUUCGCCUUUUGCCCAUAUGGACGAUGCUUCUCAUGUUCGCGGUCAUCUUCCAGCUGCCAGCAACCUUUUUCACCAAACAAGGUAUGACCAUGAAGCGAAACAUUGGGUCCAACUUCAGAAUCCCACCUGCAACCCUGCAAAGCACGAUCACGUUAUCCAUCAUCCUUCUUAUGCCAUUAUACGAUAAGAUUUUGAUACCUAUUACCAAGAGAAUCAAGAAUAACGGUAAAGGCAUCUCUGUGAUGGAGAGAAUGGGAGUAGGAAUGUUUCUAUCCAUCAUCGCCAUUGUUAUUGCGGCAAUAGUCGAAAGAAAAAGACUAGACAUAAGCCAAAAGAUGAAGACUUUACCUGAUUAUGACCCAGAAACCGUCCCACUGAGCAUCUUCUGGCUGCUCCCUCAGUAUAUACUCUUGGGAAUCUCGGAUAUUUUCACAGUCGUUGGUAUGCAAGAGUUUUUCUACAGCGAGGUACCUGUUAGAAUGAGAACAAUGGGAUUUGCACUCUACACAAGCGUUUUUGGUGUUGGAAGCUUUGUGAGCGCCGCGCUGAUCUCAGUCGUGGAGGCUUACUCGAGCUCAACAGGGGACUGCCAAAACUGGUUUGCAGAUGAUAUGUCGGAAGCUCGGCUUGACAAUUACUACUGGCUACUUGCUCUUACAAGUACAAUAAGCUUUGUGGUCUACAUAGUUCUAUGCAAGUUUUUCAAGAGUAGCAGUGAUCAAGGCGAUGAAAAAGAAGAAGCCCCUACUAAAUGAAAAGAAGACCAACUUCGAUUCCUUUGACACAGUCAGACUUAGAUAAUCCGUUUGCCACAAGAUUCCACGAUAGAUUACACUGUAGUGUAGUAGGUUUAGAACUAACUAGCGAACCAUGAAGAAAAGGAAGAACACUGUUCUCUACAAGAUCUUCUACUAUCAAAUGCAAAUGAUUCAACAUCAUUAUUA